AUGUCGAGCCGAUCUUUGGGAAAUUUCCUAAGCGUCGAUUUCAACUCAUGUAUGGCAGAAUGGGACUAUGACCAUCCAAAGAAACACAUGUUUGAAAGCCUUAUUGUCACCGGUCUUCAAACCUUCCUCGAAGAAUCCGGUCCUAUUCUGAUUGAAGAUGUCAAGGAAUUCUUCAGAAAUGCCUGCAACUGGGGCGAUCAGGAUGAGGAGUGGGCCCCUGAGGAAACCGACCCGGAGAGGACCGAAGAUGAAACGGUCCAUGACGACGAUCAUUCGGCUCGGAGUCCGAACGAUGCCGAACAAAGCGCUAAUCCUGAAACCACCGAGGGUGAAGAAGGGGGCGAUACAGGAGCCAAUGAUGAAGGCCACGACAGGGAAGAGGCCGACGAAGCCGAGGCCGAAAGACUAGCCCAGAAUAUCUUUCACGGCAUCAACAAGCGAGACGAGGACGUCAUAGACUUAUAUUUGGAGUGGCAUGAGUACCGGUUCAAUACAAAGUAUAGAGAUAUCCUACCGAACUCCCCGCAACAGGAUUGCAUCGCCAGAUUGGAGGAACAAGUACCGGUCUACACCGCUCCGGUAAUCGAAGAAUUUCCAGUUGACUGCCCAACACCUUCAAGAGAGGAAGUUGAGACACCAAGGGAUAUUGAGGCACCGAUGCAAGAAGACGUUGAGGUACCGACUUCAAAAAUUGUUGAGGUACAAAUUUUAGAAGAUGUCGAGGUACCAAUCUCAGAAAUUGCGGCAACGAACUUGGAGGAUGCGGUCACAUUAGAACCUCCUAAUGAGAAUGCUGCACUGAUAGACUCCAGUGAGAGAGCCGAUCCUGAUCCCACCGAGCAAUCAAUUCCCUCUCCACCACCGGAAGCCACCGCAUCGGCUCCUCCUAAAGAACAGAUUGAAGACCGGCUCCAAAAGUUUGAAGCAUCUGUUUCGGGGAGGAUUGAUGACCAACUUAAGAAGUUUGAAAUGUCCAUAUCAGGGCAGAUUGAAGACCGGCUUCAGCAGCUUGACGCAUCCAUUUCAGAGCGGAUCGAUGACCGCGUUCAAAUGGCCGAAAUCCUAAAAGCUAAGGAAAACGCAGAUGCCGCGGCUAUAGAGGCUGAUGCUCUAGUGGCUAAAAAGGUCCAGGAUGCGCUGGACGUCGAAGCUAGCAAAGAUAAAGGGGCGCCGCGUUCGUCUCAACUGACCGAAGCAGAUUUGGAAGCCGAAAGAAUAAGAAGAGCCGAGAUCUUAUAUCCAGGGUAUGCUGAAAAAGUGGCAAGUCAGGCUGCGGAGGAUGCCGCACGGUUGGAAAGGGAGGUGCAACAAUCGUCGGACUUCGGUCAACAACAACAAUCAUCGGUCGCCAAGUGCAGUAGGCGUCGGUUUUUGGUCAGUAGAAGCAAACAACAAGAGUCCCAAGUCACUAGAUGCAGCAAGCGUCGAUCUUUAGUCAGCAACAACAAUCCUCGGUCGCCAACUAUAGCAGACAUUGAUCUUCGGUUAGUAGCAAUAAGCAACAACAGUCCUUGGUCGCCAGGUGCAACAAACAUGGGUCUUCGGUCAGCAACAGCAAACAGCGGCAGUCCUCGGUCGACAGAUGCAACAAGCAUUAGUCUUCGGUCGACAACAUCAUCAACAACAGUUUUCGGUCGCCAUAUGCAAUCAACAUCGGUCCUUGGCCAGCAGUAG